CACCGACGCGCAUGCUGCCGCCACCGCCACCGCAUUGGAAUCGCGAAGAGUCGUGCGCGUCCUCAAACUUCAGCAAACUUCGAGUGAUUGUAUUUAUUCGGUUCGAAAGUCAAACAUUUCGCGCGGAAAGUUUUUAUGAGCAGGCGGUUUGUUGUUUGGCAGUAAUUAAAAUUUAAUUGUUGUUUUGAGUAAUUUAAUUAAGCUGUGUUGCGCGCGCCUUACGUAACACGGUGAAGCAAUUCGGUGCAGCACUCGGGGUGAGUUCGGUGUGGGUGUAAGCGCUAUCAACUGGUGGAUAAACCGUUUGGCUGGCGAAUUGAAUGAAAAACGAUACUCGAUGGACUCGUAAAUAUGACAUCCCUCGAUUGAGCUGCACGCGCCCGCACAGAACCAACACACAAUAUGUCUCUCAAUUGAUACAAUAAUGAAAAGACGAAAAUGCGUUCAAUUGAGCAAGGAAUCAAGUUCGCAUACGUGUACAUCGUCGUCCUGGGUUGCAGUUGCAUGGGGAAUAUCGACCGGCUGGAACUGAUAAUGCCGCGGUACGCUAUCCGUGGUGGCAGCGUCGUUUUAAAAUGCGAACACAGCGUGACACCCGAGCAGCUGUACAAAGUCGAGUGGCAGAAGGCCGGCGCAAAAAUCUUUCAGUACAUCAAGGACAGGAAGCCGCCCUUUCGCUACUUUCCAAUGCCCGGCGCCGAGCUCAAUAAAACGAACAGCAACGAGCGGCAAAUUGAACUCGCAAGAUUAGAUUUUGCCGCAUCCGGGUCGUACUCGUGCGGCGUGUCCAUGGAGACGCCGAUUUUUAGCAAGGACUCAGAGAUGGUCACACUCAAUGUCAUCGAACCACAGAAUCGAGACCCCACGAUAACAUUUGACAAAACCACCUACGAGGUGGGCGAUGUCCUGCAAGCGAAUUGCACGACGGCGGCGGCCCGACCGCCUCCGCACAUCACCUGGUUGAUCAACGGCGAAAAGGUGGACGAGAUGUUGACGAGGUCCUUCUCGAACGGUCGCCUCAACGGACAUGGGUACUUCGAGCAACGUGCGCCAGCGAUGAAACAGCUCACCAUCCAAGUGUCGGAGCUGCACGCCGGCGGCAACGGCGAGCUCUGGCUAACAUGCAUGUCGACGAUUCCCGGCUAUGUCAGCCCCAACGAGCGCUACGCCGACGAGCGCCGCCACUCCGUUCGCAUCGAAGUUGUGAUGACCGAAAUGCCGGCCGAAAUCAUAUCCGCCGAGGAGAGCAACGUGAUGGAGAGCAGCACAUCGAACCAGGCGCCGACGAACGCACACGCCGCGCCGGCACCGAUCGGGUUCCUCUUGCUAUUCACGCUCGUCCUGGUCCUCGCCCGAAUUCAGCCAGCGGACGUGCGAGUUUGUGUCUAAACUGCAGACAAAGAACUGAUUGAACUUUGCGCCGGCGAGAGCUGCGAUUUUCCGCGAUGAGAAUAUUGUUAAGUUUAAAUUUGAUGGAUGUUUGCUGUUUACGAUCGGCGGUGGGAGGGAUCCCAGCAGACCGCCAAACUGAUUCAAUAUACUACGCUGCCGAACGUGUAACGUGUGUGUGCUUAACUACAUUGUUUCAAAUCGCCGGCGACUUUUCCCGGUCGCGUAUAUGCUUCUACUCUAAGUAAUAUGCAUGUAACGGUGUGCGCUUUGACUAUGCUUUCGGAGCGUGAUGCGAAUUAUUCUUUACACAUAAAUACCUAUCUACAUUCAUAAUGUGCGGCUGGUGUCAGCAGUAAUCACGGAAAAUUAUAGUGCAUCAGGGUAUCCUCGACUCUCAACUCGAAGCUAAUGUAAUUGGAAAAUGUAUUCUGCUAUUGCCCAUACAACAAGAUUCAACAAGAAACGCGGACUUAAAAAAAAUUAUUACGAAAUUGUCAAUAUGAAAAAUUGUGUCAAUUAGUGUUUGAAAAUAAAUUUUUGACUAAAUCAUCCUAUUGCAAAAACUCGAAAAAUUAAUAUUUAAAGUACUAUGAAAGCUUUACUAAAACUUACUAACACUUCUGAAAAGGUUUGUUUGUUGGCGGCUGCUGGUGACAUUAAUUGUUUCCAUUGUUAUAGGCAUUGUUUCGAUUUCAGUUUUCCGGUCGAAGUUUAAACGCUGCCGCUGGUUUUGAAUGAUAAAUCUAUGGUUUGUGGAACUUGUCACACUCAAGCCGCAAACAGGUCAAUCAGUUUCUCUGCGCACCGGACGCGUACCUACACGUUUUUUUUUACAUAAAAGCUGUUUUGAGCUAUUUUCGAUUUCGAUUCGAUUUAGGAAUCAAUAGCAAAACUACGUAUUUUCUGACUGAAAUGUAUUCGUACAUGAUUUUAACGAUUCCCACUUUAAAAAUGUAGAGAAAAGUAAUGAAAAAUUAGAUAGAAUGGAACGAGUAGCACAAACGAUCGUUACGGGUGCUGACAGGCAUAAACUGAUUUCUUUCGUAGCGUUUUCGGAUUGCGCCACUUCCGAAAGCAGCCCAAUCACUAAAUUUUCUACACUUUCGUACUUGCUAUCAGAGAGAAAACUUCGUUUCGGCUGGAAAUUUUCGCAUUUGCAUACUCCAUGUGAAUAACUAACGUUCAAUAAAGCCCUCAGAAACUCGGUAAGCACCCUGAACCGCAACGUAAUGUAGAUUUGAUUAAACAAACGGAAACUGUUUACAAAAACAUGGCCUGAACGAACCGAACUUAUCCAACCAAACCGCGAACAAUUAGUUAGACCCGAUUGAUCGAAAUUUCGACGUAGCAACAGUUCCAUGCUCUGUAGCAACCGGAUUACGCGGUUCAGUUGCAAACUGCAUACGCUGAAUAUGCCCAACGAUGUCUUCCUUAAACAAAACAAAGUCGCUAUUUUAACAAACUUAGCAUUAAUGACUUAACUCUAGUCGGCAUGCGUCAGCAAUGCGCAGCACACUUUGCAGAAUUUACACAUGAAAAACAAGCAGGAAACAAACAAGAUCGCUGUAAACUGCAAGCAUUUACGACGGGAGCAAAACACAAAUUGUCACUUCGAGCGCGUUAUCUCCACUAGAAUUCCAUCUACAUGUAGAUUACUAUAAUCGCAACUAAAUUUAACGUUUUCGUCGUCGCAUGAAAACCAAUUUAUCCCAAACUACGGAACGACGGCCCAUGAAGGCGUGUAUUUUAAAAAUUGACAAUGAAACUGAAAUUGCACUUGGAAAAAAACGGCGAAUAACUUUAUGCGAAUGAGGUCUCAAACAGCAGAAAAGUACGUUAAUAAUUAAUUAUUAUUUAAUGUAAUUUUUUGAUUGAAAUAUAAAAAAAUCAUACAAAAAAGCUACAAUCUUUAAUAAUAAUUUUUUUCUUGCUAAUUAUUUGGCGAACCGUCUCUAUGCAAUAAAAGAAUUGUUCGAAAAGUUAAUUUUCUGUAAGAUUGUAUAAAAAUGAUUGCUAUCGACCAAUGAGCCUUCGCCAAGUGCUCAAAUUCAAACUUAUAUCUAAUAAGACGCAUUCGCAUAAAGACGCAUUCAACUGGCAAAAAAAGAACGAUAACCGCCCAGAAGAAACAGCUCGUAGUAUUGACAAUAACUUGCUUUAAAACAAACCUUAAAAUUAUGAAUAUUAUACAAUAUGAAUACUGUAAUUAAACGUAAAAUGUAGGGCAAAUCGCACGAGUGGCAGUCACACCGACGUGGACGAUGCGAACCAGCACGUUGGAGCAAAUCGAAAGACUUCGUAGCCUAAUUAGGUACCACUUGCUGGCAAAAAGGAAGGCGAGCGCAUUGAUGAAUUAAUGAACGCCGGUCGCAGGCGAGCGUCAUGUGCAUGCAAGUUGGCGGAGUAUGUGAUAAGUAGCACUCGAAGGACCGGAGGAAUGUUAAAAAUGACAUAGGUAAUUAUAGAAGUACGUGUAUAUGUCAGCUAAAUAUAAGAGUCAAAACUAAUAUUGUAAACGGUAAUUUCCCGUUCCGUUGAUUCAGGACGAGAAAACGACGAGGUUAAACACUGCUGGUUUUCUUAUGUACAAGAUAUCAAACUCAUGUCUCAAAAUUCGAGAAUUAGUGAAUAAUUCAAUUUGUGAUUUCAUUUCGACUGUGAGAUGGCAGCGUGAAAAACAUAGUUGACCUGUGUUGAAUAUGUUGUAACUUUGUAAUAUGUAUGAAUAUGUUUUUUAAAUGUAACAUUAUAUGAUGAAGAAAUAUAUGUAUGUACUAUGUUUAUGUUA